AUGCGUGUCGGUCAGGGAUGCUGGCGUCCAGUUUUAACAGGGGUUCCUGUGCCGUGGGUGAGCGAGAAGGAAAAUAGCCCGAACAGGUGGUUUUGUGAGGGUAAAGAGCUGGAAAACAGUCCCGAUAUUCAGAUCAUCGCUAACGGUGAGCGACACUCUCUGAUCAUAGCAGAGGCGUUUGAAGAAGACACGGGCAGAUACUCAUGCUUUGCCUCCAACUUUUAUGGCACAGACUCCACCUCAGCAGAAAUCUACAUUGAGGGAGCGUCUUCGUCAGAUUCUGAUGUAGAACAACAUUUUCAAGCACAAUCUCCUCAAGCCAAGCCUGCUGUGGUCUCGGUAGAACCCAGCACAUCUGCUGAAGAAACCACACCAACUAUAACAAACACCUGCGCUGAACCACCAGCACCUUCUGACGCAGAAGAAGUGCCACUGACUGAGCCAACCUCUAAGCAGGAAGAUACAGAACUUCUGAUUUCCGAAGUUGUCAGCUCUGAAAUACCUGUACUAGAACCAACCGUAGCUUUACUAGAACCUCCAACGCCAAUAUCUGAGGUGGAGCCCACUCCACCUAUUCCUUCACUGACCAUUGCACCACCAUCACCUCCAUCCAGCCAAAGUGUCUCUGAUAUACUGUUAACAUCUCAUCAGAGCAAUCCUGAGAAUCUAAAUGGCAGCAGUAGUUAUCUUCAAAGCUUCGAUGUAAGGCCCAUAAUGGCAGCUCCUGUUUUUACAAAGAACCUCCAGGAUGUCCUGGCUGUAGAGAGUCAGUUGGUAGUUCUGGAGUGCAGAGUAAAAGGCAUCCCCUCCCCUAAAGUGGACUGGUACCGGGAAGGAACACUUAUUGAAGAUUCUCCAGACUUCAGGAUCCUCCAGAAGAAACCAAGAUCCAUGGCUGAAUCUGAGGAGAUAUGUACUUUGGUUAUUGCGGAGGUCUUUCCAGAGGAUUCUGGAACAUUUACCUGUACAGCCAGCAAUAAAUAUGGCACAAUUUCCAGUACUGCAGCAUUGAGAGUAAAAGGACACAAAAAUAGCAACACCAACCCUAAAACAACAAGCACUUUAACAGUGGAAUCCUCCCUCCAGAAGGUUCCAGCAGCAGAACUGAUAUCAACAACUUUAAAGUGUAAGCAAGAUGUUCCUCUGGUAAACAACAAGCUUCACUCAAGUAUGAUUUGCCUUGACCCUUUGAGCUCUAGAUUUAAGCAUCCAGACCCUCAGGACUGUGGAACGCCUCGCUCAGAUUCCCUAAAUCCUAGUACCCUUCGCCAUGACCUCACCACUAGCCUACCUAGUCUAAACCCUCUCAGCAUUGGAAAAUACAGCACAGAUACUUUCAGGACUAGUUUACCUCAGCUAGACCCUCUCAGCUUCAGUUCUUCUUCACUGAACUCAGACUCAAACCAUACGCCCCUCAGCUCUAACACAACACACUUUGAUUCAGGAGGAUCUGGUUUUAACACAGAAGUGACCCAAAGUCCAUCAAACGGAUCAGCCUUUGGCAUCACUAUGAGCUCCGAUGCCUGGGUUGAACCAUCACCAAAUGGUUCAAAAUCUACCCCCAGCCCUUCUGUUACUAGUCUCCCAUCAGUAAACUCCAGUAACCAUCAAGAGCGACCACCUGUUAAACCCCUACCAGAUCUCCCAACUUCUUGCCUCAAGACAAGACCUGAGGGUGUGUUAGGGAAUCACAAUGAAUCCCGCUCUAGUUCUCGAGUCGGCCUGCGCGUAACCUUUAAACUCCCAGAGGAUGAAGAAGAGGAAGAGAAAGGAAUGUCAUCCAAAGAACCACCACAAGUGUUGGCUAAACCAAAACUAGACCCAGUGCAGCUACAGAUCCUCCACAACCAGGUGGUUUUGGAACAGCAGCAAGAAAACGUUUCCCCAAGCCAAGAUUCACCACAUUUAGACGGGACAAGUUCUGAGCCAACGCCUGUCAAGCCAACUCAACCUGCAAAUCCAGCGCCAUCACCACUCCAACCACCUCCUCUUGUAAUGAACUCUGCUCCAAUUCCACUGCCGAUCCUUGAAUAUGUCCCUCUACUUCCUACAAGACCUGCUCCCAUUUUAAAAGCUGUACCUGUAUCCCAACUGAGCAUGCCUUUAACCAAUUCCAUGCCCUUGCCCCAACUUACUCCAUCAGCCACAACCUUACACAACCACCCUCCAAUACCUCAACCAAAUCUGGUUCCUACUACUUUAAGUACUUUUCCACCAUGUAUGAUUCCCUCUACCCUACUAACCCAAACAAAUAUAGCUUCCACUCUUCCUCAGCUUUAUAUGGGGCCAAUCUCAUCCAAUGUGGCUCCAGUCACCCCUAUGCCAAGUGUGAUACCAACAAUCCCAAUAACUCAGCCCGGAAUAGCUCCCAACAUCCCUAUCCCUCCAAAUGUGGGACCGUCUGCACCUUUUCAUCAACUUAUCAUGGCUCCAACAACCCAACCACCUAACCAUGUGGCCAACAUGCCACCCAUUACUCCUUCCACUCAUAUUUCACAAAUAAACAUGAAUCCAACCUUGCAAAUGAACUCUGUUCCCGUUAGUGACACGAGUGUUGCCAGAACACAGGCAUUGAUGAUACCUGAUGCAUUAGCAUUGUACAGCACUGCACCAAAGAUAAACACCCCCUCAAAUUUUCAUCCCAGCAUGGCUCCACAAGUCACAUAUUCUCAAGCUGUGUCUUAUCCAUCCCUGAGUAAAAUCACCUCACCGCAUCUGGUGAGAAAUCAACCUGCACCCAUCCCGAGUCCAAUGUCUCCACCUCCGUUGCACGACACCCAGACUCCACUUCCUGGGAUUAUUCCAAUCUCCACCCAGAGCUUCAGCUACACAAGGCCAAAGGAGUUCAUCGCUGCCCAGAUGCUCUCUCCUAUCAGGAGUCCUUCCCCAACCGAGUCUCCUGUUCCAAUGCUCCACGAGUUAGCUGCACAGAUAUUCCCGAAGUCGACACGGGAGCUCACAUCGCCCGUCAACCAGUUAUUUCCAUCCCCAAGAAAGUUCCCAACAAGAGUUCUGGAGUGUCCAAGCAGCCCACCAUAUGUGUCCUCACCACCUCUAGUGCCUCCUGGGCUGGUGAAUUCAGUGUUUUCUUUUAGACCUCAGUCACCCCCACAAGCUUCUUCACCAACGUCUAGCAGCUCCACCCCUAGCCCCAUCCAAAAUCCAGUGGCCUUCCUUAGUUCAGUCCUUCCUUCACUUCCAACAUCUCCUCUGACCAAUGCCAUGGGGUUGCCUAAGAGUGCCCCACCUGGGCCUCAAGGUGCACUGAAGAAGAAUCAAAGAGGUUCCAGACUCAUGUCUGAUGACAACAUCCGUGAGAGCAAGGAAACGCUUUUACAAGAUAUUGAGAAGAAGUUGCGAUUUAAAGAUGAACAGCUUCAUUUUGGGCAGCAGAAGCCGAAUUAUGGGGGGGAAGUGAGCCGCCCGCUCGGACCAAACAUUCCCACCGCAACUGUCAUUAACUAUGACGAGGAAUACAAGGUGUCGAGCUUUGAGCAGAGGCUCAUGAGUGAGAUCGGGUUUCGUUUGGAAAGAACUCCAGUUGAAGAGUCGGACGAUGAAGUUCAGCACAAUGAAAUUCCCUCUGGAAAAUGCAUCGCGCCCAUCUUCAACAAGAAACUGAAGCACUUCAGAGCUGUGGAAGGGAUUCCGGUCACAUUUACCUGCAAAGUUGUUGGAAUUCCAAUUCCUAAAGUUUACUGGUUUAAGGAUGGAAAGCAGAUUUUGAAGAAAAACGAGCACUAUAAGAAGAUCAGAGAGGGUGAUGGGACGUGCUCAUUACACAUAGAAGCGGUCACGAGUGACGAUGACGGCAAUUAUACAGUCAUGGCAGCGAAUCCACAGGGUAGAAUAAGCUGCUCUGGCCAUUUGAUUGUCCAAACGGGUCCCGUGCGAAACCGGACCACGGUUCACUCGCAGAGAGUCCGAGCGCGUGUACAGGAAGUGGAGGGCGAGCCGGCUCAAGAGCGCUUCUUUCGUCCGCACUUCCUGCAGGCUCCGGGAGACAUGUCGGCUCAUGAGGGACAGCUCUGUAGGCUAGACUGCAAGGUGAGUGGGUUACCUCAUCCUGAAAUCAUGUGGCUUCUGAACGGGAGGCCCAUAUAUCCAGACCUCACUCACCGAAUGCUCGUGAGAGAAAACGGCAUCCAUUCUCUGGUUAUUGACCCUCUGACUCAAGCUGAUGACGGGACGUACACCUGCAUCGCCUCAAAUAAAGCUGGACAGAGUUCAUUCGGCCUCGAGCUCAGAGUAGUGGAGAAAGAGCUGAAGCAGGCGCCGCAUUUCGUGGAAAAGUUGCAGAACACGGGCAUCGCCGAGGGCUCCCCGGUGCGUCUGGAGUGCAGGGUUGUGGGGAUGCCGCAGCCGCUCAUCUUCUGGAAGAAAGACAAUGACACGAUCCCUCACUCGAAGGACAGAGUCAGCAUGCAUCAGGACACUACGGGUUAUGUUUGUCUUCUGAUUCAACCGACCAGAAAGGAAGAUGCAGGCUGGUACACGGUGUCUGCAAAAAAUGAGGCAGGGAUCGUAUCAUGUACAGCCAGACUAGACAUAUAUGCUCAGUGGUAUCAGCACGUUCAUGCACCGAUGAAGAAAACGCAGCUCAGCGGGAGUCGAUACGCUGCUCUCACCAGCCAGGGUCUGGAUAUAAAGUCAGCCUUUCCCAUGAGCGACAUAUUCUCUGCCUCCCAACCAGAGCGAAGGGCAGAAAGUGAGGAGCUGUAGAUGCUCGCAGCAGAUAUUUUAAAGUAGAUGGAGUAACGAUCUAAAAGCAAAUGAGGAUCUGAUGUCUCUGCACUCAUUUGUUGUUGAAGUCAAAAUCUGCUCGUCCUCAGGUCAUCCUGAGUUUGCCUCUUCAUCAGAUUUGGAGAAAUGUAGCAUUGCAUCACUUGCUCUGAAGUGAAUGGGUGCCGUC